AUGGGGAGUCUCACCGAGCUGCUGCUGGCGACUUUGGACCCGUCCAAGAAUGCCCAAGCAGAAGCGCAGAUUCGACAGGCCGAACAGGCCAGCGUCGACCAGUACUUCACAGCCCUUGCACAGGAGCUGGCAAACACGGAAAAGCCUGUCGUUGCUCGGCAGCUUGCAGGACUUCUCCUGAAGAACGCCCUUGCUUCCAAGGAUCCCGCGAAAGAUCGCGACCUGAAAGCGAGAUGGGCAAACCUGCCGGCCUCAAGCCGGAAUUUGGUUAAGGAGGCCACCACCUCCGCGCUCAUCAGCCCGCAGACGGAUGUGGGCAAGGCGUCGGCGCAGGUCUUGGCCAAGAUAGGGGCCAUCGAGAUUCCUUUGGUACAGUGGCCCGGCCUCGUACCGCUUUUGCUGGGCCAUGUGACCAAUACCGACGUCAGAGCCAGACAGAUCUCACUGGUGUGCUUGGGCUACUUGUGCGAAGACCUGGUGAUCGUGCAGGAGGAGGGGACCAAUAUCGGGGAUGAUAUUGCCAACAACAUCCUCACGGCUGUUGUUCAGGGAAUGCGGGACACCGAGCCGCAGACGAAGCUGGAGGCGACUCGAGCAUUUUAUCACGCGGUGGUGCUGGCAAAGAGGAACUUCAAGAACCAAGUGGAGCGCGACGUGAUUAUGGGCGUCGUGAAUGAAACCUGCCGCUGCAACACGGCACCCGAAGUCCAGAUCGCAGCCUUUGAGUGCCUCGUGCAGAUUGCAACGGAGUACUACGACUUCCUCAUGCCGUACAUGAACGGCUUGGGCCCUCUGACAUGGGAAACCAUCAAGUCAUCUCCAGAAAAGGUGGCGAUUCCAGCCAUGGAGUUCUGGUCCACGAUCUGCGACGAGGAGCUCUACUUGAUGGAUUUGGUGGAGGCAGGCCAAGCGGCCGGCCGCGCUUCCCUGAACCUCAUCCAGCAGGCCCUGAGCUUCCUGGUGCCGCUCCUCACCGAGACGCUGACGAAGCGCCAGAGCGAGGACGACGACGACACCUGGAACCUGGCAAUGGCCGCAGGCACCUGCUUGGCGCUGGUGGCGCAGGUAGUCAGGGACGGCUGCGUGGACCUGGUGCUGCAGUUUGUGCACACCAACUUCCAGAAUCCUGAUUGGAAGUUUAGAGAAGCAGCGGUCUUGGCAUACGGCUCCAUCAUGGAGGGACCGACCAGUGAGAAAAUGAGACCGAUGGUCGAGCAGAGUUUGAGCCACCUGGUCCUCGCUCUGCAGGAUCAAAGUGUAGCGGUUCGCGACACCAUCGCGUGGACGUUGGGCCGUAUUGCCCAGUUCCAUCCCACCAUAGUUCCAGUCAAGCAGCUCAUGCCGCUCCUUUGUGAGAGGCUGCGGGAUGUCCCGCGAGUCUCUGCCAACAUCUGCUGGAACGUGCAGGUUCUUGCUGAGGCACAGACCGGGGGCAUCGCAGGGCAGUACCUUGACUCGACUCCCUUGUCGGAGUUUUUCACCGCGAUCGCCACGGCGCUCCUGGAGGUGGUCGCGAGACCCGAUGCGGAUGAGCGUCAGCUACGCAUGGCAGGGUACAACGCUCUAAGCGUCCUCGUCAGCAAGGCAGGCAACGACUGCUUGCCCCACAUGCAGGCCUUGACGCAGGAGAUGUUGAAGCACCUGCAAGCAUCCUACAAGUCCAUCGACCGCGAGUGCGAGUUGCAGGGCUACAUCUGUGGGGUGCUGACUUCGCUUGUGUCACGUCUCAGGGAGCAAGUCGCUAUGGCGGGCAACCAGAUCAUGGAGGAGGCGCUGAAGGUGAUCUCGGCCUAUCAGCAGGUUCGCGGGGGUGCACAGGUUCUGCACGAGGAGGCUUUGCUCCUCAUCGUCGCUUUGGCGAACGCGGCCGGCUCGAGCUUCGAGCGCUUCAUGCCGCACUUCGCUCCGCACCUCCAGGUCGGACUUCAGAACUACGAGGAGGUGCAGGUUUGUCUGACGACCACCCGGAUGGUCGGAGACUUGUGCACGGCUCUGGAGGGCAAGAUCGUCAGCUAUUGCGACACGAUCUUGCAGAUCCUGUACACCAACCUCCGAAACCCGGCGGUGGACCGCAAGAUCAAGGCAGCCGUGAUGACGAGCUUCGGUGACAUUGCCAUGGCCAUCACCGGAGACUUCGAGCAGUACCUCGGCCCGGUGGUGCAGAUGCUGCGGGAAGCCUCCUCCACAAGGCUGGCCGACGGUCCAGCCGACAGCGAAGAGUGGGUCGAGUACUUGAACAGCCUCCGAGAAGGAGUUCUGGAAGCGUACUCCGGAAUCAUCCACGGGCUUAAGGAGUCCGGUAAGCUGCACCUCUUCAAGGAGCACGUCAACACGGUGCUGAUGCUCGUCAAAGAGAUCAGCGAGGAUCCGACGACGCAGCUGCCCGUGAUCAAGGCGGCGGUGGGAGUGGUGGGCGACCUGGUCCUCGUCUUCCAAACCGAGCUGACGGCCUACGUGGGCAAAGCCCCGUUCCUCGCGCAGCUCGUGCAGGCAGCUUUGAGGAGCCAGGAUCCAAAGCUGCUGCAGAGUGCGCAGUGGCUACAAAGCAUGCUCAUGAAGUUUGGUGGCCCCUGA